UUCAGGUUGAACAUAAUGCGGGGUCUUCGUUUCAUUUUCGUGUUAUUUCUCUUGGUGUUUGGGAAGAUUAAAUGUGCGUUCCGGAAAUUCGAAACCCUAAAAACCACCAUUAACAUCGGUGUAAUAUUGCCACCAAAUACCGUUACUGAAAUUGCCUUUGCAUCCGCACUCGCCCGAGCAUCGAUAGAAAGUGAACAUUACAAUUUCGUUAUGAAAAUUAUUUACACUCCCUUCGGUGACAGCUUUGCGGCAUCGAAAGCCUCUUGUAAGCUGCUAGCGUCUGGUGUUGUUGCCAUCUUCGGACCGACUGAUCCCACAUCCGCUGAUGCUGUGGAAGCGCAUUGCCGAGCAGCUAAUGUACCUCAUAUUCAAGCAGUAUGGCGGCCAACUCCGGUAAGGGGCUUGGAACGUCCUUCCCCACCAGGCAUUAACUUGUAUCCCGAGGCCGUCGCCCUGUCGAAAGCGGUCGCACUUUUUAUAAAGGACAACGAUUGGAAAAGUUAUACUCUACUGUACGAUGAUGAUCAAGGACUCAUGAGAUUACAAGAAAUUUUCAAACACGCUGAACCUGACCAUAAGUGGUUGGUGCGUAGGUUAAAACCCGGUGAAGAUAAUCGCCAACUAUUGAAGUCCCUGAAGGCAUAUGGAGUGACCAGGGUAGUUAUUGAUUGCCCAUCCGACAGGAUCUUAGAAUAUUUGAGACAAGCAUUCGAAGUUAAGUUCUUUGAGGAUUACAUGAGUUACAUACUUAUGUCACUGGAUGCACACACGUUAGAUCUGCAAGAAUUAAGACACGGACUGUCAAACGUCACUUGUUUGAGGAUAUUUGACCAUUCAGAUUCGAGGACAAGAUCAUAUCUCGCUGAUUGGAAGGCGAGGACAUCUUCUGAUGUUAAAAUUCCGAGACAGACACAUGAAAUUACUGUCGAAGCAGCUUUGGCUAGUGAUGCAGCGAGGCUUCUAACUGAUGCUAUAGAAAGUGCACCGGAUGGAUUCAAAAUAGAAGCCCAAGGAAUUGAGUGCAACUCGGAUACGAAGUGGGAAGUGGGAGAGGAAUUCCAUAACCACUUGCUUACGAAUCCAAUAACAGGCAUCACUGGUUUCAUAACUAUUGACAACACGACGGGCGAAAGAACCAAUUUCAAUGUUGAAAUAAUGGAACUAUCCAAUAGUGGUUUUAAUAGUAUUGCAAAAUGGACGGCCGAGUCUGGGUUCAUUCCCUUUCGAACUGCAAACGAAGUGUCAGAUCUUUUAGCCGAAAAAUGGCAGAAUAAAACAUUCCGAGUUGUAUCACGUAUUGGAGCUCCAUAUUUAGUUGAAAAGGUACCAGAGGAGGGCGAAGUUUUAACUGGAAAUGAUCGUUACGAAGGAUACUCAAAAGAUCUCAUACACGAAAUAUUAAAAGAAACCUUGCAUUUAAAUUACGAAUUUGAAAUUGUACCGGGAAACUUGUACGGCUCGUAUAAUAAAGAUACCAGAAAAUGGGACGGUCUGAUUGGUCAUCUUUUGGAAAGGAAAGCAGAUUUAGCUAUUUGUGAUCUGACUAUAACAUAUGAACGAAGAGCCGCAGUGGACUUUACAACACCGUUCAUGACUCUGGGAAUCAGUAUCUUGUAUUCGAAGCCCACGCCUCCAGAGCCGGAAUUGUUUUCUUUUCUUAAGCCAUUUUCUGUCGAUGUCUGGAUUUACAUGGCUGCAGCAUACCUGAUGGUGUCACUUUUAUUACAUAUUUUAGCCAGGCUUGCUCCAAAUGAUUGGGAGAAUCCUCAUCCAUGCGACAAAUCACCCGAGGAGUUGGAAAAUAUUUGGCAUAUUAAAAAUUCCUGCUGGCUGACUGUUGGAUCUAUUAUGACACAAGGUUCUGACAUUUUGCCGAAAGGUUAUUCGACACGUUGGGUCUGUGGAAUGUGGUGGUUUUUCGCUCUCAUCAUGUGUUCGUCUUAUACGGCCAACCUUGCUGCUUUCCUUACGAAUGCAGCUAUGGAUGACUCCAUCAAGAGCGCGGAGGACUUAGCGAUGCAAACUAAGAUCAAGUACGGGACCUUGAAAGGAGGUUCCACCUCUUCAUUUUUUAAGCGUUCAAAUGUCUCUAUAUACCAAAGAAUGUGGGCGGCUAUGGAGUCCGCACGACCAUCGGUCUUCGUUAAAAAUAAUGAUGAAGGAGUAGAUAGGGUGUUGAAGAGUAAGCGAUCGUACGCAUACUUGAUGGAGUCCACGGCCAUUGAAUACCAGCUGGAAAGACAUUGCGACCUGAUGCAAGUCGGCGGUCUGCUCGACUCGAAAGGAUAUGGCAUCGCCAUGCCGUUCUUUGCGUCAUAUCGUACAGCAGUGGACAAUGCAGUGUUGAAACUGGCAGAGAGUGGGAAGUUAGUAGAACUGAAAAACCGUUGGUGGAAACUUACAGACGAAGAAGCUUGUGCUUCUGAAGAAGCCAGUGAAGAGGGCACGAGCGCGGGCGAAUUGGGAGUCGAUAACGUAGGCGGAGUUUUCGUUGUCUUGGGAAUAGGUUGCGGGAUGGCAGCUGCAAUGGGAGGUUUCGAAUUCCUCUGGCAUAUCAGGGACGUCGCCGUGGAGCAGAAGAUGACACCAUCAGAAGCGUUCUGGGCGGAGUUAGCCUUCGCCUUAAGUUUUUGGGAGACGGAAAAGCCUGUCCAGCACUCUAGGUCAUCGUCUACUGCCUCUGGCUCGAACAUCGCUUCACGAGCGUCAUCAGUACUCCGUUCGGCAGUCGAUUUGUUCCACCUCGAAGUGUUUAAUAAAUAGGAUGCUAAAUGUUUAAGCCAAGAAGUAACUCCUAAUUUAACAUAACGUAUAUUAUACACCUGUGUA